AUGUGUUUUGUCGAUAGUCGAGCCCGAGCCUGUUUGGAACCCGAAGCUCCACCCCCUCCACCCAAGGAACCUGCACCAGCUCCAGCCCCUGCACCUGAACCAGCACCAGCACCACCACCACCUGAACCAGCACCAGCGCCGCCUGCUGAACCACCAGCACCAGCACCAGCACCUGCACCGGAACCAGCUCCUCCGGCGGCUGCUCCACCAGCCGAAGGUGCUCCGCCAGCCGAGGGAGCUGCCCCACCACCGGCUGAAGGAGCUGCUCCAGCACCAGCCGAAGGUGCACCACCUCCAGCCGAGGGUGCACCCCCAGCAACCGAAGGUGCACCCCCAGCAACCGAAGGUGCACCCCCAGCUACCGAAGGUGCACCCCCAGCUACCGAAGGUGCACCCCCAGCUACCGAAGGUGCACCCCCAGCUACCGAAGGUGCACCCCCAGCAGGAGGAGCACCACCGGCAGUCACCCCCGCCGAGGGAGCUGCGCCUCCCGCAGAAGGUGCACCUGCACCGGCUCCUGCCGCCGAAGGUGCACCACCAGCGGAAGGAGCACCACCGGCUCCGGCUCCAACGGCCGAAGGUGCAGCUCCUCCUGCGGAUCCAGCAGCAGCAGCACCAGCACCAGCAGCGGAUGCUGCAGCCACGCCAGCAGCAGCUCCUCCAGCUGAUGCAGCGGCACCACCACCGGCUGCACCCCCAGCGGAUGCAGCAGCACCACCAGCAGCGGCUCCACCAGCAACGGCUCCACCAGCAGCGGCUCCACCAGCGGAUGCAGCAGCACCACCAGCAGCAGCUCCACCUGCGCCAGCGCCUGCUGAAACACCUGCCUCGUAAUUUUGUCGAGACAAAAUCAACGAAACACGAAGAAAUUAAUCUUCGUUGAACACAGCGAACAAACACAUCAGCAUUAUACCUUUCGUUUAUCGCCAUUGGUCAUCGUCAUGGUCAUCCAUCGUGGUCAUCUUCAUCGUCAUCGUUCGUCGCGCGAUCAUCCUCACGAAGAAGAAGAAGAAGAAGAAGAAGAAGAAGAAGACGGGAACAAGAAUUUAGGAACGUCUUAUCGUUAGACUCGUCUACGAUUCUUAUUUUGAAACGAACGCUGUGUCCUAGAAGAAGAAGAAAAACACAAUCUAGAUGAUUUAUACUUUAAUCUUGCGCAUACGCGGUCACUGCAUUCGUUUCAAAUCUUCUAUGCGAAGAAGAAGAAUAGAAAUAAAUUCUUAUUACGUAUGUAACGCACGAUAAUAUGUGUGAUCCGUUAGCUUUGUAAAUAAUUCACGGGACGUUCGUUUAAUCGAAUAGUUCCAUGAUCACACAUGUAUACAUACAUACACAUAUACAUAUAUAUAUAUAU